AUACUAGAUCGAUCCUUUUGUAACCGAGCAAUGCUAUCCUACGCCUAACUAGUUACACGUCUUUCCAUGCGCCAUGUCUCCCACACAUAGACCGCACACACCGUCGUUUCUUUCUCUUAUUUACUCAUCCAACAUACAAACCAACCAUCAAAAUACAAUCUUUUUACCUUCAAUCUCGUCUUUUCGAUCGGUUUCUUCAUAAUCCUUCAUACCCACAUCAAUCAAGAUUCUCCCCACACAAUUGUUCAAUCAAAGAUACGCUAUCUAACGCUUUUUGAGGGGGGAGAGUAUCCACUCGUGCAUGGAAAAAGAUGCCUGAUUUGAGACGUGGAGUUCGCCAGUCUAAAAAGCCCGUUAACGUUGAUAACGCUGACGCUGACGCUGACGUAAUUGUAGUCCCCACUGCUCGUCGUGGAACCCGCAGAGGUAAAGCUCAGGCACCAAAAGCACCAAUGCCGAGACCAGCUGGCAGAGGCCGAGGGGGUAGAGGUAUGGUUAAUCAAAAUAAUAAUGUUGAACUUAUCGGUGGACGUGGGCCCCAGCUGAAUUUGGAUGUCGCACUGCGCGAUCAAUUGGUUGUCGGUAAUGUUGCUGAAAAUUUGGUGGCUGAUUGUGAAGAGGAAGGAAGCACGAGCCCGGUUCCCGAAAGGGUGCAGGUUGGCAAUUCUCCUACAUACAUGUUAGAAAGAAAGUUAGGUAAAGGAGGCUUUGGUCAAGUUUACGUUGGUAGAAGGGUGACAGGUGGCUCAGGAAACACGGGCCCCGACGCUCUCGAGGUUGCUUUGAAAUUGGAGCAUCGGAAUGGAAAGGGAUGUAAUUAUGGUCCUCCUUACGAGUGGCAAGUUUAUAGUGCUCUUAAUGGUUGUUAUGGGCUUCCAAUGGUCUAUCACAAAGGCCGUCACGGAGACUAUUAUAUCCUCGUUAUGGACAAGCUAGGCCCAAGUUUGUGGGACGUUUGGAACUCUAGCAACCAAACUCUCCCAGAAGAAAUGGUUGCAUGUAUAGCAGUGGAAUCUUUAUCGAUAUUAGAGCAGUUUCACUUAAGAGGUUUUGUUCAUGGAGACAUAAAGCCGGAAAAUUUCUUACUUGGUCCACCUGGGACAGCCAACGAGAAAAAGUUAUAUUUGGUCGAUCUCGGUUUAGCUUCAAAGUGGAGGGAUACGUCUUCGGGUAAUCAUGUUGAUUAUGACCAAAAGCCCGAUGUUUUCAGGGGAACAGUACGUUACGCAAGUGUACAUGCUCAUUUAGGAAGGACGGGAAGCAGAAGAGAUGACCUUGAGUCGUUAGCGUAUACGUUAAUAUUUCUCCUUAAAGGAAAACUUCCUUGGCAAGGUUUCACUGGCGAUAACAAAGGGUUCCUUGUUUGUAAAAAGAAGAUGGCAACGUCUCCUGAUAAUCUUUGUUAUUUUUGUCCGUCGCCUUUCAAACAGUUUCUUGAAAUGGUGACAAAUAUGAGAUUUGAUGAAGAACCUAAUUACUCGAAGCUUAUUGCGUUGUUCGAAAAUUGCUUUGUUUCUAGUGCAUCAUUGCGCCCAAUAAGAAUAGACGGUGCCCUAAAGGUGGGACAAAAGAGGGGAAGGAUGAUUAGUAAUUUGGAAGACACUCAGCCUCGGAAGAAACUUAGGCUCGGGACUCCGACUAAUCAGUGGAUAACUGUUUAUACAUCGAGAACACCUAUGAAACAAAGGUAUCAUUACAAUGUUACGGAUGCAAGACUACAUCAACAUGUAGAACAAGGGAAGAAUGAUGGGAUCUACAUUAGCUCUGUAGCAUCCGCCAAGAAUUUUUGGGCUGUCAUUAUGGAUGCAGGGACAGGGUUCACUUCACAAGUUCACGAAAUUUCCCCUGUUUUUUUACGCAAGGAAUGGAUAAUGGAACAAUGGGAGAAGAAUUAUUACAUUACGUCGCUCGCAGGUGCACAAAACGGUAAUGCCUUGGUUGUAAUGUCCAGGGGGACACCGUAUACACAACAAUCAUAUAAAGUAAGCGAUGUGUUUCCGUUCAAAUGGAUCAACAAGAAAUGGAAGGAGGGCUUUCUGGUCACUUCAAUGACCACUGCAGGGAAUAAAUGGGGCAUUGUGAUGUCUCGUGAUUCAAGCUAUACUACCCAGGUGGUGGAACUCGAUUUUCUGUAUCCUAGUGAAGGAAUACAUAGGAGAUGGGAAAACGGUUACCGUAUUACAUCAGCUGCCGCUAAUGAGGAUCAAGCGGCUUUCAUUCUUAGUGCAUCAAAAAGGAGAUCGCAAGAUUUUGCUCAAGAAACACUUAGAACGACCGAUUUUCCUUCUACCCAUGUUAAGGAAAAAUGGGCAAAGAAUUUGUACAUAGCAUCCAUAUGUUAUGGAAGAACUAUGUCUUGAAGCUCGCAGGUUCUUAUUGGGUGGUCGUUGACUGCAUAGACUUAGCGUUACGCCCUUCCGAGAAGAGUCUGCAAAAUCUGCUUAAAAUGAUGUUUGUUUAGCCUCCCCGCACAAUUUUCUUGAAAAAAUGGUGACUAGAAAUGUCGAAAAGAUAUCAACAGUUCUAAACCGUUCGUUCAACAAACGAAGCCAAGUAACUUAUAAAAAUCUUGGUAGUGAACAAAAAAAGCCUUUUUUUUUUUUUUUGUGGCAUCCCUGCCUUUUGGGUUUGGUGGUGUUUUGUAGUGGUGUAUAUCUGAUAAACUAAUAUGUCUAAAUAUGAGAUGUUUAAUGGUUUGAACUUUGAACUAGUCAGGUUUUGGGAAACUCUUAAGGUGUGAACUUUAAUUUAUAUUUAUAAAAAAGAAAAAGAUUUAGAAAA